AUGGAAAUUAAGAAAGUCAACACAAAAUAUGGACCAAAAAUUUUGGGAAUUCUGGAAAACGAGUUUUCAAUCUUCUUCCCGAAUCGAACCAAUCGGAUGCUUAUUGAUAAUGAAGAGCAGUUGACUUCACUGAUCGAUUUGGCCUCAGCAGGAGAACUUCACUUGAAUUAUUUAGGAACAGCUUAUCACAAGUUUGAAUUUCUUAUCAAACCUUCAUAA